ACAAGCUACUGGCGUUGCGUUCGUCGGUCCUAGUAAAUCGUAAAAAUGACACUUGAAUAUGAUGCCAUCGGAUAUAAAACCUUUCUAGCAAACGUUGCCGACGCUCUCAAUAAAGGAAAUUCACGUUGAGAAAACUGAUUGACAAUUUUUUAUAGCCCGCCUCGUUUAGAAAAACGCGGUUCACCCAUUUUUGUUUCUUUGAACGCACCAGUGUGUAAUCCGCCAUCGUAGGGCGUUUCAUUGACUGAAACUGUAACAAGUGACAACACGGCAAUUUAAGAUAAUUUGAACGGGAUUUCUGUCGGGAGUACAUUCUCAUUGAUUCAGAAAUGCGCUACAGGAGUCAGCCGGUCUCGCUAGUUUGUACUUUGAACCACCAACGUGCGUCACCUUGAUUUCAGACAUGGCCGCUGUCGCGUUAUAAUAGCAAAAAUCACCCUCAUGUCCCAGAAAGCAAUAGUACAAACACACGAGUAUUUAUUUUAUAAUGGGGGUAGUGGUACGGAAUCUCCAAAAGGUGGUGCCUCUUCGCCGCGCUCGGCUCCGCAAGGAUGUAAACACGCUCAGGCACAUUUUGGGCAUCCAGAAGUUCGAUUUGGGCGUCAUUUGUGUGGAUAACCGCAGAAUGCAGCACAUUAAUAAUAUUUACAGGAAGAAAGACGAGCCCACUGAUGUCCUGUCGUUUCUAUUCCAUGAGGGCCUACGACCCGGUAAGAUGCCGUGUCCCCUCCAUAGAGACGAACUGAACCUCGGGGACAUCUUCCUUGGCGUGGAGUAUGUGAUGAAACAGUGUCAGGAAGAGUCCAUCGAUCUGCACGCUGCCCUCACUGUAGUGGCGGCCCACGGUAUCUGCCACCUGCUCGGCUACAGACAUGAAACAGAGGAAGAAUGGAGCGAGCAACUCCGGAGGACAAAAGUAGUAGUGUUUUGCCUCAAGAAAGACUGCAUUUCCCAUGAGGACCAGCACACACCCGCACAGUGUCGUAAAAUCAUGAUCUCACAGUCGGCUGCAGCAGAUGAAUUAAAAGCCAUUUCUGUUUCGAGCAGCUGUGUGAAGAAUAAAUAGUAAUAUGGUAAUGAAUCCAGUUGUGGCUAAACAAUAGCAUGUGACAGUUAGCAACAGUGUGACUUAGUGUGGCAAAAACUCAUCAGUGUUGACAUCCAGGAGGCGAGUGAAAGCCGGGCAGAGGUUUAUUCUUGAGUAUCCUGGUAGCCUCCCUUUUUUCCCCUCUUAAGACAAAACUUUUUGUCCCUUGUUUCUCUGCCAUCUUUGCAGAAUUCUCGCAAAAGCGUUCGCAUCGACUUCAGUCUUCAUAAUGAACGGGGAAAGAGGAGAAGUGAUUUCUGUGCCGUAAAGCAGUUAGCACAUUUGUAGUUUUUUGUGUGGCAGGGUUCCUGCCACCCUCUUUAAAGUUAAUUAGUGCUGGCGAUACAGACCCCCUCAAGAUAUAAAAGAGGUGCCAUUCAACUAGUCAGUCAACAUAUCACAAAUGUUAUGAAAAUAUUUUAUAAAGGUUAUCUAGCGUUGCUUAAUGGAACACAAAGAAUACUUCCUAAACUUUCCACCAUGUU